CGGCAGGCUUAUCUUACCCGCACCUACAUACCGACCGCACUACCCACGCACGCACGCAGCAUCUCACCCGCGGCACGCAUCGCAUCUCACAGCAGCAGCAGCAGCAUGCACCCAGCCCGCCCCUCCCCGCCCGCGAUGCGCCGUGCUGCGGGGUCGAUUGUCUUAGCUAUGUGCCGGUAGACGCCCUGCCUUGCCCCGUCUUACCUACAUACAUACAUAUGCGGGCGCGGGUGCGGGAAGCACGGCGCCCUGCUUUUGCCUACUGUACGCUGCGGAAGGCUGCGGGAGGCUGCGGCUGCGGGAGGGGAGACUGGGUAGGUACUGUAAGUGCUUACUUAGGUACGCGAUUGCGCUACCUACUCUUACUUUGGGUGGCGCGGUGCAGUGCGGUGCAGUGCGGUGCUGUGCUGGACUGGGCUGGUUCGGUUGUCCUCGUGCGUUGUGGGCGGGUGCGGGUGCGAGUGCUUACCUUGGUAUGGCUUCAUGGGCCGGCGCGGCGGGCUGUGCGAUCUGCGCGGGAAGAUGUAUAUAGGGACCUACUUACGCUGCAUUGCAGCUGCGCAGUGGCUUGCCCGCACACCUCUAGGUACCUACUUAUGUACCAACGCAGCACCAUCUCCGCCGCCGCUAUCCCACUAGGUCUCUCUCUUACUCUCUCGCGCGCACCACCACAUCCACCACCACGACAACAAGCAGCAUCCGCCAGCAAACUCCCAACCCCAACCACCCCACGCAAAGCACACGGCCCUUCCGCCCCGCGCACCCCACAGCAAACCCAAAAGCAAAAGCGCAAAAACAAACCCUAUUACGGCCCCUUCAGCAAGCACCACUACGCACGCACAACGCACGCUCGCAGACACAGACCCAGACCCCCACGCCGCACACUCCUCUCCUCUUACUCCUACUCCUGCACUCUACUUUGUCCAUGCCCCUACCUUAUCCAUCCCACACCCUAUCCAUCCCUCAGGCCCCAACCCUAUCCAUCCCACCCACUCCUACACGGAAGGAACAACAACGAAGGAGCAACAAGAAAGGAGUUCCGAGCGCGACCCCCACGCGGGAGGAGUAAUAGGCACGCACAACCCCAACCCCUAUUCCCAAUUCUAUUUCUAGCCCGCGGGCGGGCGAGCGAGUUUAGAAUACUACGUCGUGCCUCUUUAAUGAUUCUAGUUGAUUUGGUGCAUGGAGGUAAGAUAAGAGGGUAUUGUUCCUAAUUCCUUUACUUAUUUUUCUUUUGCUUUUCGGAGUGGCUGUGGCUGUAACUGGGGCUGGGGUGAGGUGAGGUGAGAUAGGGUAGGUAGGAUAAGCGGGAGGGGUACCGCACAAGAACCAGAUAGGAGGGCUGGUGCUCCGUAGAGAAGCUGUUUUUAGGCGUUUGCAUACGUGUGCGUGCGUGCGUGCGUGCGUGCGUGUGUGUGUGCGCUUUAUAUAGCGUAGGCAGUAAAAAGAAAGACCUAGUAACACGUAAAUACUCGAGCAGCAGCAUUAAACUACGUAGUAACAUACGAUCCUAACCCCCCCAAAUCAUUUAAACGGCUAAACAAAAUAGCUG